AUGGCUUCUAAUAUGAAUAAGGUAAUGGAGCGUUUUACGCCAUGUCCAUUUACAUGUGUAUCAACAAAAUCAAAAACGGAUGAUGAUAAACGUCGUCAGUUACCACGUGUAUGUCGUUAUCGAUCAAAAGAUCGUCAGAUUGGUCUGUAUUUUAUUGUUGAUCCAAUUGAUUCGAUCAUGGUCGCUUCUGAUAUUAGUGCAAAUUUAUUAUUUCAACAUCUAAUAAAUAUUGAUUUUACAGAUGAGCAACACCUACAAAUUCGAAUGGAAAUUUAUUUUCAAAAUAUGUUUUUUGAUUUGGAUCAUCGUCUAUUACAAAUGACAUUUGAUCGUACGGAAGAAAAAAUAGCUAAAAAUUUGCCAUUUAACUCAGGUGCUGCAGAAAAAAUUCUUCCAUCAAUUGAAGAAGCUGAUUCGGGUUGUUUUGCAUUUGCGGCUGUCACAACAAAAACACAUAUUUAUAUUGCCUAUGUUGGUACAAUUCGCGCUAUUCUUAUUUAUUAUGAUGAAAACGGAGAUUUAGUAGCAUCCGAUAAUCGUCCACAAUUUUAUCGAGAUGGUUCACUACAUACAAUUUUAAAUGAUGAUGAACGUUUGAGAUUGAAAAAACUGGAUGUUGAUGAAACAUUUGCUCAAAAAAAUUCAAAAUAUACACGAUGUGUGGGAAAAUUGUGUGAAAAAUUACUUUCGUCAACAGUCACGGCCAAUGAUUUAACCGAGUGUAAAUGUAAUCCGCUAAGUUGCGAGCCAGCCUAUUGUGAAAUUCCAUUUAAUUCAAAAGAUUACGCACUUGUAAUACUGACAGACAAUAUUUAUCAAAUGUAUUUGAAAACAGGUAUAUGCGAAGAUGAUAUUCCAAAAGAUAUUAUUCGACUUAUGACCGAAAAGAAAAAUUCAAUGAAUUCGGCUGAAAUCAUUUUAUCUGAAUUGGAAACAAAAUAUUAUCGACAAAUGUCUGAUGAUACUGUUGAUUCUGAUCAUGAACUACAACAACCUCAUUUUGAUUAUCAACAUAUGGGCAUGUUAAUACAUUAUUUUUAUCAUCCCGAAGCAUCAAGUGCUGUUGGUAAUUCUACUACAACAACAAAUAUACCAAAGUCUAUUCAAUUACGUCCAGAUGAUGGUGAAAUAACUUUUUCGGAAAUAAAUAAGUUUAUAGCUACACAUGAUGAAUUACAAAAACAACGUAUACAAAAAACAGAUUUACAACGUUCAAAUAGUAAACAUGAAUAUGAAGUACAUUUACAAAAUGGAACAAUUGAAUCGUAUGUUAACUUUGAUAAAUAUGAAAAAUUAUUAAGUGAUAAUCCUGAUUUAAAUCAAACUAUUAAAACAAUUACAGCUUUAUUAGAACAUGAAGGACCAGAAACAUUGUUGUAUGAAUUUGAAAAAUUAAUUUAA